AUUUACACAAGCCAUAAUACGGAGUGGCAUAGGAACGGCGUCAUCAUCGUAAAUCGGCACCAUCUCUUCCUCUUUGGCCAAGCACAGUCGGCACAGCUCGUUUACGUGAAUAAUAACAUUACUUGGGCUAUCACCCUUCUUUCUGCUGAUAUAUUAACGAGGAGAUGUUUAAGUAACAGUAAUAACACUGUGCACUGCAGCUCCAACCUCCAACUCGGUCACAACGGAAUCUAUAAUGGCAGCCGUAGUGGCCACUUUAACGUUGACAAUAUGGCGGAGCGUCCUUCUCCUUCUUUGUUAGAAUUUACAAGUCCGAGAGAGAGCGCUGCGAGAGGCAACAACGAUCCCGCGGAAAUAACGUGGCAACAUGGUCGAUACUAG